AUGGCAUUGACGUCCAAUCCCGAUGCGCAAUCAGACCAGGCCUCCAGGACAUUAACCUCCCGUACGUCCCUGGAGCUGCGUAUCGCCCUCUACAAUCAGCACAGAGACACCACCCUCCGGGAGAUGGUCGCAAUCGACCACUUCAGCGAUACCGUACCACCCUCGCUCGUCGACAAGUGGCUGCUCGCGCUCAACCCGGACCCGUCGCACGCUUUUUUCUUACCGCCCGAGGUGAAGGGGUUCUACGGUAGCGACCUACGCGCCUCGAUCCUCAUCGAACUCGCGCAUGACUGCUACAAGUACAUUAUGCACGAGACGCAGGACCGGGCCAAGAUUGCCAAGUAUACGGGCCGCAUGCUGCUCGCGAUUAGGCUGCUGGAUCUCGGUGCGCUGGAGGCGGAGGAUGUAAACCUUGCGGGGCUGGCGCUGUGGCAUAGAGCGUUGGCACUGGUGAGGAUUGCAGAAGGUAGUGAUGAUGGAGGUCAGGAGGAGCUGGCGGAGACGCUGCGGAGGUAUGAGGGUGUCAGAGCGAGGAGCAUGCUCUCAGAUGCGAAGCUGCCGCAGCCUGGAAGAUUGAAGGCUCGCCUGCUUGCGUCGGCAAAGGAGUUGGACAACAAGACCGUGGUCGCGUGCCUGGAAGCUUGGACACUCCUUUAG